CUGGCUAUUUACGCAUAGAUCAGAUCAUUGAUCAAGAGACGGUAGCAAAGGCUGGCCCUCAACUGUGGGACAACAUCUGGAACAAGAUCAAGAGCCUCCCAUUCAUAUUGACACAAUAUAUGACAGGCCCUCAAAUACAACCAAGGAGUUGUGGACCAUGUCAUCAAUACCAGGGAAACGAUACGGUAAGAAGAAGGACGUAAUUAUUUUGACAAGCAGGCGCACAAUGGGGCCUGCUGAGGCUGUGGCAUACACGCUAAAGAAACUUAAGCGAGCCAUUAUAGUGGGAGAACGAUCAGCUGGUGGGUCAGUAAAAGUCCAAAAGAUCAGAAUUGCUCAGUCAGACUUCUACAUAACAGUUCCUGUGGCAAGAUCCAUUAAUCCAAUCACAGGCCAGAGCUGGGAAGUGAGUGGUGUUUCGCCAACAAUCAAUGUAAUGGCAAAGGAAGCUGUCUCAAAGGCCAAAUCCCUUCUGGCUCUGAGGUAUGCCAUUCCAAAGGUUGUGCAAAUUAUCUCGAACAUAAUGAGAGAUACAUAUGCUUUCAGUGACAGAGUUUCAACACUUAUGCAACAUUUGCAAUCAACAGACUUAUUAUCUGUAGCAUCAGAGAAGGACUUAGCUGUAAGACUCAACCAGAACCUUCAGACUGCGUCUGAAGAUCCUCGAUUAAUUAUCAGAUACAUGCAAGAUGAUGAUGCUGGUAUAGAACCGGACCAUGAGCUUUAUACAAUACCAGAUAAUACGGAAUUAUUAAAGGCAUACGUUAACAGAGUAUUUAAAGUGGAAGUUCUUCCAGGUAAUACUGGGUAUCUUCGUUUUGAUGAGUUAGCAGAGACUUCUGCUGUACCUGAACUGGAAAAGCUCAUGGCUCAAAAGAUAUGGGAACCCCUCAAGGACACUGAUAAUUUGAUCAUUGAUCUACGAUACAACACACGUGGAUCCUCUAAUUCUUUGACACUUAUACUGUCUUAUCUGUGCGACUGCUCCCAGAAACAGAACUUCUUCACAAUAAAUGACCGAAUUAAGAACACAACAACAGAACACAAAUCUCUUUUGAAGACUUCAGGACCAGUUUACAACUCCAAACAUGGAAUUUAUGUGCUAGCAAGUUACCACACUGCAAGCACUGGGGAAGAGCUUGCUUACUUGAUACAGUCCUUGAGCUGUGGCACAGUCAUUGGGGAAAUUACAUCUGGCAACCUCAUGCACUCAAAGACAUUUGAGAUAGAAGGGACAGACAUUGCCAUAACCGUCCCUUUUAUAAACUUUAUAGACAACAAUGGGGAAUACUGGCUGGGAGGUGGUGUUGUCCCUGAUGCCAUUGUACUGGCAGAGGAAGCUUUGGACCGUGUUUAUGAAGUUAUGGAGUUUCACAAGGGACUCAGGACACUAAUUGCAGGACUUGGGGAACUGUUGGAGCAACACUAUGCAAUUGAAGAAGUAGCAAUAAACGUCAGCCAGGUGCUGUUAACUAAAUGGAGGGAGGGGCUGUAUCGACCAGUGGUCGACUUUGAAUCUUUGGCGUCUCAACUGACAACGGAUCUCCAGGAGAGCUCAGGCGAUCACCGCAUUCAUGUCUUCCACUGCGAUGUUGAACCUGAGUCACCUCAUGACAUCCCGAAGAUGCCCUCACCAGAAGAGUUUGGAUACAUAGCUGAAUCUUUGUUUAAAACUGAGGUUUUGCCGGGUAACACUGGUUAUCUGCGCUUUGACAUGAUGUUGGACAUAGAAGUGGUAAAAGGAGUUGGACCACAGCUCCUAAAUUCAGUGUGGAAGAAGAUGGUGAACACCGAAGCCCUCAUAAUUGAUAUGAGAUACAACACCGGUGGUUACUCCACAGCGGUUCCCCUCUUCUGCACGUAUUUCUUUGAUGCUGAACCACCAAAGCAUCUCUACACCAUUUAUGACCGUGCAACAAACACCUUUACUAAAGUCAUGACAUUUUCUCACAUUAGGGGUCAAAGAUAUGGAUCUUCAAAGGACCUUUUCAUCCUGACAAGUCAUAUGACGGGCUCAUCAGCUGAAUUAUUUGCUCGCGCCAUGAGUGACCUUAAUCGAGCUACGGUUAUUGGAGAGCCAACAACCGGAGGGUCUUUGUCCAGUGGGACCUAUCAGAUUGGGGACAGUGUACUGUACGCCUCCAUUCCCAACCAAAUUAUUUUAAGUCCCACAACUGGGAAAGUGUGGAGCUUUCUGGGAGUGGAGCCACAUGUUUCCACCCAGGUCACUAAAGCUCUUUCAGUAGCACAGACAAUUAUAGCAGCGAGACUCAAAAAGAAAGAGCAAGAACAAUGAAAAAGGUAUCCACUUUUAGAAGACGUUUAUUACACACACAGAAGUUUUAAUUUUGAAAGCAUUUCACGUAGAUUAUUGCUAAAAUAAUUGACAAAGGAUGAUGCUUAACAAUACUACUAUAUUACUGUGUCCUCAUAUCAAGAAUUAUUGUGAAUCAUCAGAUAAUGUUUUCAAAGCAUUUGUUUAUGGCAGCAUCAUAAAUGUCAAAUAUUGGAAACUGCUUGUUCUUUGAUCUGAUCUUGUCAUGUUGAACCCUUUGUAAGUCUAUUGUUCAUAUAACUUUAUUGUAAUAUUCAGUAAUGAAGCAUAAGUAACACAGGUCAAUAGCACUGUAAAUUGACAAUUACGUCCUAUCAUAUGAGAUUACAUACUUGAAAAGGUGGAAGUAAAGUAAAUAAACAUAAAAAGGAAAGAAGACCGUGAAUUCCAGCAAUAUAAAGCACAUAAGAAGAGGUAGUUGGCUUAAAACCAUAGGAAAAUAAUAAUUUUGGUACUUUUCAUGAGGUUUAUGGCAUCUGUGUUUUGAGUCCUUCUGAAAAGAUUUUUAUGAUUGAGAUUGUGGUUAAAUUAGAAGGAUUUUCAUCUUUGUAUGUGAAAUUUGCCCAUCCACAUUAAAAGUCUGGUUAUGUGAGUUAUUGGUUUAUUUUUCAGUUCAUAUAUGCUUAUUACAUUUUCAGUGACAAUCAUCACUUUGUGUCAACUUUUGGUCAAACGGAAAUGUUCCACAUUAUCCCAAAGUAAAUGAAUAAAAGAAGUGUGGUUUCAUCAUCAGGUACAAAAAAAAACAUGUAUUAUAUGUGUACAUAUAAAUAAAUUAGUUUGAUUUUAUUUGACAUGUAAAACCGCUGAUAAUUUAUCCCGACUUUUCACUAAUUAAUAUUAGUGAUAAUUUAGUUAGAGUGACAUGUUCCUCUGGUUUUUGGGAGGCUUUCCCUUUUACUUUUGCUCAUUUAUUUACUUUUUGUUAUGUGAAUUCCCCUAGUUAUCAGUGCCUGUGGUUGGGCCUCCAGUAUUUCACUGGCUAAAUGUAAUUUCCUGAGUUAACUUGGUUAAGUUAAUGUUUUUACUUCUGUUCAGAGAAAGUUAUUUUGUGCUCAAAUGUCCAGAAGAGGGAGCUCUUAUCAAGCAAACCUGUGGUUUCUGUUCACCUCAACUCUACUAUGUUACUGCAAAUAAAUGUGUAAAAUGAAUCAAACAGUAA